AUGGAUAAUGAUGAUAAUGAUGUUGAUGAUGAUGAUUCGGAUGAUGAUGAUGUUUCGGAUGAUGAUGAUGAUUGUGGUGCUUUGGAUGAUGAUGAUGUUUCGGAUGAUGAUGAUGAUUGUGGUGCUUUGGAUGAUGAUGAUGUUUUUGAUGAUGAUGAUGUUUUGGAUGAUGAUGAUGAUGAUGAUCAUUUCAUAUUGUUUGCUUAG